AUGUGGUUCUCUUUGUCUUUCAUAUUUUUUAUAAACAUAAUAUUCUUUGUAUGUGUUCACCGUCAAAUUAACUUGUUAGAAUUUAUUUUGGCUUUAAGCAUAGCAAUGCUUAGCAGUGAUGCAUUUGAGAGUUGGCUAAAACACAAACAUAGAACUUCUUGCCUAAAAAGAUUGGCUUCCCAUGAAGGUGAUAAGCUAAAAUCUGUAACAGUUCGCCUAAAUCAAUAUCUGCGCAAAAAAUGGAUUGAGUAUUUAUAUUUAAGGGAAUCUAAUCAUACCAAAGCCUUUCUAUUAAUCAAUAUAAAUCUAAUAAUAGUUUUUGUUAUUGGAAAAUAUAUAAAUGGCUAUAUUUUGACAUAUUUAUUGUUAAUGUUAGUUUGUUUAUUUUACAAAAUAAUUUUACCAGUAUUGAAAACGUUUAAGGAUAUAAAACAAGACUUAGAAUCUGAACAUGAAUUGGAAGAUCUAAUACCAGAAGUAUCUGAAGUUAAUAUAAAAUUAUUAUCCAUUGAGCCUGAACAAGCUCCGAGUUCGGAUGAGAAGCAAAGCUUUGAUUAUUGGAAACCUAAUGAUGUUCCUCUAGCAGAAUACAGUGAUAGUUCUGACAAUAGCAGUUCCUUGGUAACAAACUUUUCAAUUGAGAAAAUGCAUACAUUGGAAAAAGAUGUUGAUUCUUCAGACACCAGUGAAGAUGAAUACAUACCUCUAGAUCAACAAAAGGAGCAAAAAGAGUUACAAUCUACUUUAGAAAUAGUGGAACCAUCCAGUACCUGGAGCAGUGCAGCAUACAAUACCUUUUGGAAUAUCACUAGUACUGUGGCAAAUAUGGUGCAUUCAGAUUCAGCAGAAACUAAAAGAAAGAGAUUGUCAAGUAUUGACUCAUCAGAUGGCUUUGAAAUGAUUGAUAAAAAUGAUUUAACUUAA